ACAGACAGCCGCAGGAACCAAUAGGGUUAAAGCAAACACGUACGUAACCUAGCCUGGUGGCUAGCGAGCUAGCUUCCGAUAGAACUACAGCUGAAAGGAAGCAACGACAGGACAGCAGAGCACAAGGGGUCCAGGAUUCAUAAUAAAAUGUGUUGGAGCCGGGCCCUUCUCACCAGCUGGGUGCUGCUGCUGGUCCACCUGCUGUGCCUAGAGGCAGUGCCCAUCAGCAUAGACAAGACAAAAGUCAAACAACCGGAGACGCACACCGAGGAGCCCCCAGUCAGUGCGGACACUGGACUCCAUUAUGACCGCUACUUGAGGGAAGUCAUUGAUUUUCUAGAAAAAGAUCAGCAUUUCAGAGAAAAGCUACACAACACAGAUAUGGAGGACAUCAAGCAAGGUAAACUGGCCAAGGAGCUCGACUUUGUCAGCCAUCACGUCAGAACAAAGUUAGAUGAGCUGAAGAGACAGGAAGUGAACCGGCUCCGGGCCUUGAUCAAGGCGAAGCAAGACCUUGAAGGAGGAAAUGACAUUGCAGGCGAUCACCAGGCUCUACUAAAACAGUUUGAGUACUUGAACCACAUGAAUCCACAUACAUUUGAGGUGGAAGACCUGGAUCGACUCAUCAGAUCGGCCACAAAGGACCUGGAGAACUACGACAAAGAGAGACACGAGGAGUUCAAGAGGUAUGAAAUGAUGAAAGAGCACGACAGACGUGAACACUUGAAAACACUGGAUGACAAUGAAAGAAAAAAAGAGGAGGAGCACUAUGAGGAGCUGAGGAAGAAGCACGCAGACCAUCCUAAAGUCAACCAUCCAGGGAGUCAGAAUCAACUGAAGGAGGUGUGGGAGGAAGCUGAUGGCUUAGACCCUGAAGACUUUGACCCCAAGACAUUUUUCAACCUGCAUGACACCAACGGAGAUGGCUUCUUCGAUGAACAGGAGCUGGAGGCAUUGUUCACCAAAGAGCUGGAAAAAAUUUAUGACCCCACCAACGAGGAGGAUGAUAUGGUGGAGAUGGAAGAAGAGAGGCUACGGAUGAGAGAGCAUGUUAUGAAUGAGGUGGAUACUAACAAAGACAGACUGGUCUCGAUGGACGAGUUCCUGGUUGCUACAAAGAAGAAAGAAUUCUUGGAGCCAGAUAGCUGGGAGACCCUGGAGCAGAACCAGGCUUACACUGAUGACGAGAUGAGAGAAUUCGAGGAGCAUCUCGCUCAACAGGAACGAGACCUCCGUCAGAAAGCCGGGGACCUCCAGAAACAGAGAGAAGAGCUGGAGAGACAACAAGACCAGCUUAAUAUUCAGAAGAUAGAGCUGCAGCAGGCAGUUAAGCAUAUGGAACGGCUGAAAUCACAGAAUGUAGAGCCACCUCCAGAGAUUCAAGGCAAUGAGGUCUCAGAGAUACAACCUGCUGACAAUCAGUUGCAUCCAGUUGGUAACCAGUUGCAUCCUGAACAAGAGGCCCAACAACAAGGAUCAGAGGGUCAGCUGCCACCCCAAGCUCAUCACAAUACACUUCAGGAGCCGCAUGAACAGCAAAAUAAAGACCAGGCCCAGCAGGCGUUGCCCCAGACAAAUCAGGAUCUACCACCAGGCCACCAUGACGCACAGGGCCAGCAUCACCUGCCAUAACAAUGCUGUUAAAACUUGACCGUCCGCAACCAGACUCAUGCAGCGUCUCCACCGCGUGCCGGGGAAGAGGCCCAGUACGCAACUAGAGGGCACAAGGAUGAAGGAAAGCGUCACAAACGGAAGCCCUGUUGAAAUAACUGCAAUCUUUGGAUUGCACAACAGUUGUACACCAGGAAACUGACCAACUAAGGAAGUACGUCUACGGAUGUGCACACUUUGUUGUGUUUAACUACAUUAGAAGAAAUUGGCAAUGCGUGCUUUUGUGACUUGUUUGAUUAAUAAACUCAAUGAAUACAUAGUGCAGCUGUUGAGGGAGAAUAAGUGUAAAAGUAAUUUGAACUUUAUCAUUUUACCCAGACACUUAAAAAAAGAAAAUUAUUUUACAUCACCAAAAAGUAAGAUCUUUACCAGGAAGCCCAGUUGAUACUUUUGCUUAAUAUUCUUUUUGCGAGAAGCCCAUAUGCUGUUUACCUACAUUUCAGUAUACACUCCCCACUGCAGUUUAAUUUAACAGAUUUCUGUUAAUUUUCACUUCAAACGACAUAAAGGUGCUAGCUACUUGUAUAAUAGAUUUGCCUGCAAAAUUAGCAUGUUCUGUAUCCACACAACCAUAAAAACAAUGUUUUCAGCGUGACUGUAUGUUGAAUUUAUACAUAUGUUACGCAGAUUUAAAAUUUUGGUCUCUUCAUAAAGAAAUGUGUUUCAAGUUUGUUUAAAAGAUCAUUGUGUCUUUUAUUUCAUAAAAUGGUUUUGAUGUUUACCCAUUUCAAAUAAGCUAAGGUGUAGAUCUGUUUGGGUGUCUACAACAAAAUUAUUUGAAGCAAUUGUUGGAUUAGGUAAACGCCAGGCAACAGCAUAUUUUAGUAAUUAAAUUUUCCUGGUCUUAAUUUUUGUUUUACAAAUGACCACUUUAGUGUGAUUGCUGUGCUAUGUUGGUUGCUUUUUUUUCUUGUAAUGAUGUUGUUUGUCACAGCUAGGAUAUGGUGACCAUGGACGUGUCCACAACUCUGCCUUACUGUGGUUUUGCUUCAUACAAAAUUUGAUAUGGAAUACUUUUUUUUUUCCUGCAGUGUCAUCUUUUUUCUGUGACAAGUGUUCCUUUGAAACAACACUGCACCAUAAUUUGCACAAAUUGUACAGGUGGUGUUUCUGAUCGCUUGCUGCUGGAUAAAGUCAUUUUAUCAAACUGUACACCUCAGUUCAACAUAAUAAAAAGAUGUGACCUCCUCUA